AUGCAGGCUGUAUAUGUCUGGAGGCAGACGAGGGAGAGGAGGAAGAGGAUGAAGAGGAGAGAGAGGAGGAAGAGGAGAGAGAGGAGGCAGAGGAUGAAGAGGAGAGAGAGGAGGAAGAGGAGAGAGAGGAUGAAGAGGAGGCAGAGGAGAGAGAGGAGAGAGAGGAGGAAGAGGAGAGAGAGGAGGAAGAGGAGAGAGAGGAGGAAGAGGAGAGAGAGGAUGAAAAGGAGAGAGAGGAGGAAGAGGAGAGAGAGGAGGAAGAGGAGAGAGAGGAUGAAGAGGAGAGAGAGGAGGAAGAGGAGAGAGAGGAUGAAGAGGAGAGAGAGGAGGAAGAGGAGAGAGAGGAGGAAGAGGAGAGAGAGGAUGAAGAGGAGAGAGAGGAUGAAGAGGAGAGAGAGGAGGAAGAGGAGAGAGAGGAUGAAGAGGAGGCAGAGGAGAGAGAGGAGAGAGAGGAUGAAGAGGAGAGAGAGGAGAGAGGAGGAAGAGGAGAGAGAGGAUGAAGAGGAGAGAGAGGAUGAAGAGGAGGCAGAGGAGGAAGAGGAGGCAGAGGAGGCAGAGGAGAGAGAGGAGGCAGAGGAGGAAGAGGAGGCAGAGGAUGAAGAGGAGGCAGAGGAUGAAGAGGAGGCAGAGGAGGAAGAGGAGGCAGAGGAGGAAGAGGAGGCAGAGGAUGAAGAGGAGGCAGAGGAGGAAGAGGAGGCAGAGGAUGAAGAGGAGGCAGAGGAGGAAGAGGAGGCAGAGGAGGAAGAGGAGGCAGAGGAGGAAGAGGAGGCAGAGGAGGAAGAGGAGGCAGAGGAGGAAGAGGAGGCAGAGGAGGAAGAGGAGGCAGAGGAGGAAGAGGAGGCAGAGGAUGAAGAGGAGGCAGAGGAGGAAGAGGAGGCAGAGGAGGAAGAGGAGGCAGAGGAGGAAGAGGAGGCAGAGGAGGAAGAGGAGGCAGAGGAUGAAGAGGAGGCAGAGGAGGAAGAGGAGGCAGAGGAGGAAGAGGAGGCAGCUGCGGCUGUGCCCUGA